UUUCGCUGUCUCGGUUCCGUGUGGUCGGUCUGUCCGUGCGCGUCCGCUGCUUGACGGCAGCUUUUCCCCCGUUUCAGAACACUACCGCUUCUAGCCAGUGAAGGAAAAAAGGAUUUACCGUGCAAAUAGUUACAACAAACAUUGCCAACAAACCGAUUUAAAGUGGUCUAGAGCGAGCGAGAGUGAAAAGGUUGUGCACGAAAAUUCAAGCAUGUGUGUGUGUGUGUAUGUGUCGAGGUGAAAUUAAACCUUGGCGCGUCUCGACUUCAAUUAUCCAGCCACCGUGUAAUGAUAAAUGAUUAUUAAGUGCAAGAUCUCCGAUAUACAGCGAGCGUUCCGAGCCUGCCGGCGGGUGCUCUUAUCCGUGUUACCGCUUGGGACACGGAUUUCCCUCACACGCUUCUGGGAAUUGGUGCGAUUUUCAAGCAAGGAAAGCCAUUUGGCCACCAUUUUAUUUUUUUAUUUUCCUUUUUUUUUUUUUAUUUAUUGAUUCCGUGCGCACAAAAGUGCUUCCUUACCGAAAGCCCCGAUUUGGCUGAUAAAGAAAGAGCGAAAAAGGAAAUUUGGCCUUCCCGGCAAACCUUUAAUGGAGGCGCCUAGUCUUUCGUACGUACGGGUUGUGGUGGUUUAAAGCAGACUCGGCAACCGAAGCGACAGAUGGUCGAUAAGAAAGUGAAAUUAAAAAUUGUAUUCAUCAAUUAAUUAGCCGUGUGCUCGUGCGCCGUACCGGGUAUAACGACGGGUAGCAUCUUGAAUCUCGGUGCUCUUGUAAUGGUGGAAGUUUUGUAAAUUGCUUCGUAACGCUACGGAAUUGUAGUAUGAAUUAGUUACGUUUCGGAUUAAACAGGAAGGUGAAAAUUUAAUUAUUCAACCGAGGAACAAGAACACUUUUAUAAGGCCGCCCGCUCGUCAUGCACAGGGGCAAAAAAGAUGCACGGACAAGCAGUGUUUUGAUUCGGUUCGCCACGAUCGCCGGGCAGACGGGAAGCGUGUCCGAAUCCAACGAUGACGCACUGUGUCACAGUCAAGUGGCCCGUCUCUAGCUGCGAACCAGGUCGAUCCAUCAUCAUCAACCCGAUCCAGCCCGGCAAGGUUGUGUCCACGGUACGGUAGAUUUAAUUAGUACGAGCUCGUCAUCGUCUGUGUCUUCUCCUGUGGAGAGCUGGGCUACGCGCAAACGGUUUGAAGUGACCACGGCAAUUUACCCGUCAGGCGCCACACACAAACACGCACACACAAUGGUUAAACUAAAGACAAGCUGUCGAAUCACCUUCUACUCGACGACACUGGUGCUACUUGUGUUCUUGCAGCAGGUCUACACCUUCUGCCCCUCGAUAUGCACGUGCGAGGGUGAUCCGAACGUGCGCACCUGGUGCAUCGGGGCCGGACUCGAUGUGGUACCGAUCCAGCUCAACCCGGACGUGCGCUACAUCAACCUCACCGCCAACCGGAUCACCAACGUGCACUUUACGCUCACCUUCUACUACAAGCUGGAGGUGCUCGAUCUGGCCGGCAAUCGCAUCGAGGCGCUCGGUUCGCGCAACUUCGACACCCAGCAAGCGCUCCGGACGCUCAACCUCAGCGAUAAUGCAAUCGCGUCCAUCCCGAAGGAUGCCUUCCGCGGGCUGCAGCGGCUGCAGACGCUCAAGCUGUGCGGCAAUCGGAUCGAGACGAUACACCCGGCUGCAUUUCACGAUUUGCGCAACCUGAUCGAGCUGGACCUGGCGGGCAACGCGAUUACCAGCCUGGAGCCGGGCACGCUGCGGCACCUGUACUCGCUCGAGGUACUGUCCUUCCAGAACAACCAGCUGCUGGAGGUACCGUACGAGCGCAAUCUCGAGCAUCUCGGGCAACGUUUGCAGCUGCUCGACCUAUCCGUCAAUCUGCUCGAGUACAUUGCGAACGAUAGCUUCGUGGCGUUGCGAGAGCUGCGCACGCUCCGGCUUGGUGGUAACAUUCUGACCGAGCUCGAUUACAGCGCCUUCCACGGGCUGAAUGGGCUGAAGGCGCUGGACAUCGUUGACAAUAAUCUUACAGUUGUGCCAACACAGCAAUUAUCAAAAUUGUGUAAUUUAACAUAUUUAUCAUUGAGCGGCAACUACUUCGAAAGGCUGCCGGCGGUCGCGUUUCUCAACCUGUUCCAGCUCCAGCAACUUCACCUUAACCGGCUCGAUCGGCUGCAGCGCAUCGAUGUGAGGGCGUUCGUGGACAAUGCGAACCUGCGGAUUCUCACCCUGGACGAUAAUCCAUCAUUUGCGAGCUUACCGCUGCGACUGUUUCACAGCAAUCCGAACCUGGUGGAGAUUUCGAUGCGGCGCAACGCGUUGAUCCGCCUCGAUGCAGUGCACUUCCCGCUGGACCGGUUACAUCGGCUCCAGCUCGGUGGCAAUCCGCUCGUGUGCAACUGCUCCCUGCUGUGGCUGUGGCGGCUUACGACCGGGUACGGUUUGCACGAGGCCGACUUUCGGUUGAUUGUGCCGGCGGCGGCAGCCGCAGCCGCGCUCAUCACGGCGGCCCAACCUGGACCGGCGGUGCAGGAAGCGGAGACGCACCACAGCGGGCCGCUGUACGUGGAUCGGGACGAGAUCGGAUGUGAUCGAUACGAGGACGGGCGUCGAACGCGACACCUGCUGCGUGCGAUGACGGAGAGCGAUAUCGACUGUCCGACCCAUCUCGUGACGGUCAUCAGUGCGGUGCUGAGCAUACUGCUCGUCCUUGCCACCGGUGCCAGUGUGCUGUACGUGUUGCGGUUAUCGAGACGCCGCAAGCAGCUGCUCGCCGACGAUGACGAUCCACGGCGUCGGUCCGGUGUUACCGAGCUGAUCGUACCCCAUCCGCAGAAGGUGGACAAGCUGGAGCUGGAGCGGUACCUCGCGCAGCAACAGUCGCUCGUGCACGAGUACCGGACGUUACGAGCGCCCUGGGAGCUUCCACUGCCGGUGAAGGAGGACCUGAAGUAUGGUAGUGUGGCGGCAACGGGGCGAGAUCUCGGCUCCGGCAAUGGACCGGCUGCGGCUCCUACCACCGACCACUACGAGUCGCUCGACUACUACCAGCACCAACACCAACCAGCAGCAGAAGCGAACUCUAUCCCGUCCCCACAUCGUUUUCGUAUGACUCUAGACCGGCCGACGUCACCGGAGCUACUGCACUGGGCGUAGGAGCACCAGCAGCGUUACGCCGUUGCUGGAAUUCGAAAGCGCCGUGUAAAAAUUCUCCCCAACCAUCCAAGCCGAUCGAAUAAAAUAGAAAAUCCGGAACUGCACUGGUAAGUCUCUAGGUGGCCGGUGGUAAAAAAAACAGUAACAAAACACCCUGCCUACAAGAUGUAGACUUCUUCAUCGUCAUCAUCCUCAUCCCCGUCAGCGGAAGCAACAAGACAGACAGAUAGAAUCGACGCAACCAAAGAUAUACGUACAAGUGGAUUAUGCUUUUUGGCAGGAACAAGAAAAUAAAAUAAAAACCCCGGAGAGAAAGAAUAACGCUUACGAACGACACCGACUCAUCUGUUCCGGGGGGGGAUGAUUUUUGCAUUCUAGAUGCAAGAAGUAGGAAGUAGGAGAAAGGAGCAGGAUAAUCUUUCGCGCAACACAGACAGACACAAAGGCAGGUGGAGCAUGAAGAAGGAAAUACGGUCGCGGGAUGCGGGAUACACGCACGCCCACCCAAAUGAAGAUUGAAGUGCGGUGACAGGUGACGUCAGAAAACGAUGAUGGGCCGGACGGUUUGAGUAAGGCAAGUGGCAAGAGUGGUGGCCAUCUACCCCAAAAAAAACCCCCCAAGGAAGAGUUUAGGGCUUACGCCUUUAGGUUUAGGUUAUGCAAAAAUGUGUAAAUUAAAUUUAGCGACGAGAAUGAUACGUGCAUCAAACGUAGAAGAAAAAAGAAGCAAAAAGACAUUAUAUUAAUGAUAACAGCAGAAGGGAAAGUAACGAUUUUGAUAAACGAAAGGAGAGAAGAAAACGUGAAAAUAAGAUAAGAAAAGAGGAAUUGUUUGUUGUACACACUAUCCACUACACGGCAGGAUUUAAUUUUGUUGCUCAAUAAAGCAAUAAAUUCAUUAUUCAUUUUGAGUUAUCGCUUCCUUUUUUUUAGGUUAUCCUAACCACUCAAAAACAUGUGAAUAGAGUGAAAAAGUUAAAGGAAAAAAAGUCUAUACACUAACGCGCUUCGAUUGUACACCCAAACCCACAUGCUGAAAUACGUGUGAUACAUAUAAAAGUGGAAAAAAAUCAAAGUGGAGCACAAAAACCCUUUCGUGAAAAAAAGAUAACAAGUGUAAAAAUACAUCUAAAUCGAAGAAGACAUUUCUAAUUUUAUAUUUAAAUUGUAACAAAAAAAACAUACUCGCGUUUUUUUUUUAAUAAUUGUUUCGCACUCGAAAUGAUACAAACACCACAUAAAGAAAACAGGAGAAAAAAGAGGAAAAAAGGGAGACAAAAAAAUGACAAACACAAACACACAAACACAUAAAGUAUAGAAUAGAAAAGAGAAACACAAAUAAAAAGAAACGGCGCGCUAAACCAAGUAUCGUGAGAAUUGACAAAAAGCAAUAAACGUUUUACAAAGCAAAAAGAAAAAAGAAAGAAAAAACAAAUCAGCAAAAGCUAGCAAAAGAGUCGAAGAAAAAGAGGAAAAUAACUAAAAAGCAUGUGAAAUUCAAACUAGAGCUAAAUAGAACGCGAGAGAAAUGUGUUAUAGUAGCAUAGAAAAACAAAGUGGAAAACAAAAGCAUAAAAUGAAAACCUGGAAGUGAGCAGAAAGCCGAAACGAAGCAACACAAAAAAAUAUAUAAAAGCUGAAAACUAUUUAUAAAACAACACACACACAACUAAAUAAUCAAACACAAACACAUAAGAAACGGAAAACAGAAACAAAAAAAAGGAAGAAGCAACGUGAAUUGUGAAAGGAAGAAAAAUCUGGAAUCGCACUUAGGAAAAUUCUUCGUGCCAAAGGAGAACACAAAAUGGUGGCACUUUGCCAUCGGGGGUUUUGUUUUUGGCUGAUGGUUUAAAAAUUGUAUCUUUCUUGCGUGAGAACAGAAAACAAAAUGGCGCAAGCACAUCAGUAGCUAAUACGAAACGCCAGACCCUUAAACAAGCGUGUAUAAUCACUCCCGAAAGCAGAAAAGAAACACACUGGAAGUGAAAAGGGAAUUGAUUAUUUAGCUAAUUUUAUAUUUUUCAUACACGUAAAGCGGUCCCGAGGCUCCGGAGCUGUCAAAACAACUGUCACCGGCAUCAACAGAAAGGGACGUCAAAGUAGGCCUCGAACAACACAACACACACACUCCUCACACACAUACCAACACCAGCGCUCUGUAAAGACGAAGUUAAGUUGCAAAUAAACGGAAAAAUGUAUCGAAUAAUAAUA